UGCUGAUCCAUAAAAUAGUCGCAUUGAAGGGAGGCUUCAGCAGCGAGAUACGGUGGGAGAUUUAGCUAGCAGUAUGAUUAUACAAAGAUGAUAGCAAAGCAUAGGUUUGAACCUGCAAUAGCAAUAUAGCUGGUGGAUUGCCUCAAUAUGUAAACAGAAACCCUAACUUUUUGAGUCGAUCUAUUAAAGAGUUAAAUUUCUUUCUUACACAACGCGCAUUAUAUAUCAAAAGUGUGCUGAAUAAUAUGACUCGUGAAAUAAUGAAGAAAAGUGAAAUAAUUUUUUUGUUGUUUGUAUACAAUCUUCUUUCCCAUUCCUUUUUUUUUAACUUUUCCAUUAUUUGCUAGCUGCACUAUUUUCUCUAUAGAGGUUCUCCAUGCGAAGUAUAAUGACUGUUCCAUCUUUCGAAAAGAUAAACGAUUCUUCAACAAGUGCUCAAGAAUGCUACAGCAGUGAUGCUGAACAGCCUAUAGUAGAUGAUGCAGAAGUCUUACUUGUGCAAUCUAAUACUGCAACUGCUAUUCUUUCCAAAAAACAAAAUAUCACAUUUACUUAUGCAGAGAAAGACGACGAUAAUAACGGCGAUUUUGUCCUUGAAAUGAACGAUAUACCAUAUACAAUUAAGGCAAAGAAUAUAGCAUAUAAGGAAGAGUGCUCUUCCGUUAGUGGAGACAAUAUUACGAACAACGUGGUGGAUGUUGACAAAGACGGUUCGCGUAAUAACAGAAAGCAGCAAGUGCUACCAAGUCAUUCAUCAUCUUCUGCUGUAAGACAUUAUAUACCUGUCCAACGCGUGGAGGCUGAUUUUCUGCAAGAUUCAUAUCAAUAUAACGAUCUUCAUCAGGCAUAUCACAAUCAUGAACACAUUUCAAUAAAAAAUACAACAACAACAAGCAACAAAGGCGACGAAAAUAAUCAUAACAACGACAAGUCUAUGAACAGUACUGAGUGUAUACGUUGUCCGAGCGACACGUUGUCAAAUAAACUGAAAAUACACGAAAGUCCUGCUAUCAAUCCUGUCAGUUGUGGUAGCAUACACUCACACUCAGAGUCUGCUCCUAAUGAGGGCUCUUCCUUUACUAUGCAUAACAAAGAUUGUUUGAGAGAGCCAGUAUGCCUUUUUCUUGACGACAAGGAGAAAGCGAAAAAGGAUUUACAAUCUUCGUCUACUACAGAAGCUGUUGAUCGUGAUAUCAGCCAUAAUAAUGUCCACUUUAACGAUUUAGAAAAUAUCCAUAACAGUGAAAGCUCUAUGGUAACACUAUCAGAUAAUGAGCAGCAAAAUAGAACGUUAAGUGAUGUAGACGAUGUAGACGAUAAAGAGAGUUUUGAGAUAGAGAUAUGCGAAUGCCCAGUUGAGCAUGUCGACUUUCAUAAUGAAUUAGCCGCCAAAAAACAACAGCAACAGCAACGACAAGCACGUUUUUCAUUUGGUAUACCUAUAGUAUCCAAGGAAGUGAAUGACGAAGAUGAACAGUUCAAAGAAUGGAAAAUACUUGCAGAUAAGCAUUUCAACUAUACAUUAACGAUGAAAGACAAAAAAAAACUGAUGGCCAGCUACCAUAAAGAUCGUUAUUCCAAACAUCAAGAGAGUCAAAGUGACUGUAGUGAUGAUAAUAACUCACAACUGCAGCAACAGUCAAAGUCAUCUACUUUAUGGGAAGUGCUGCAUCGAAGUCAUCGAUCUUUAGACUGGUUAAAAUGCAGUCCUUUUGUUCGAACUUUGCUUCACCAUUAUGCUUGUCCCUUGAAAAUAAUCAAUUUACCUGAAAAUGCGAAAUAUAAGCAGAUUCAAAAUUAUUUCUUUAGUCCCAACGUGUUAGUAAGUACCCUUCAGAGUAAAUCUUGUCAUUAUAGUGGGCUAUUGAAUUUUACUUUGAGCGUUGUCAUUAUAGUAUAUCAGGCAUAUUCCAAGUUUUCAAUGUGCCUAUGUUGUGUAUAGAUCGUGCACUGAAAUGUUUAGAGCCUACCAUGAGAAGAACUCUACAAGUAAGAAAACUCGCCCUAUGUUUGCGCACAAGAGACAAAAAAUUUUGACAUUUCGUUAUUUAAUACCCUAGGAAUAGGCUCAAAUACGAUUAUCUGCCAGCCUAGUAAUGUGAGUAC